GUAUAUUAUGGAUGUUCAUGGUUCAUGGAAAUGAAGAGUUACUCCUCUAAUACUCAAUUUUUAAUAAAAAUAUUAUCUCCUUUUUAUGUUAUGUUUUGAACACUUACAUUUUAGUGAACACCUGAACUAACAAUCUUUCUUUCUCUUUUCAUGCUUUCAUGGAUUGCUUUGCGAAUGUAUGCGUUUGUUUUAAAUAUAUAAACAUAUUUAGAAAUGAUGUCAAGAGUAAGUGCAAAAGCAAGAAAAGUUCAUAAAGAUCCCUUUGGAGGCAAAAUAGGGGAAAAACUACUGUUCGGUAAGAUGGAGUUAUGGUGGAAAAAUAGUGCGUGUGUAAUAAAGGUUUCUUAACGUAGUAUCGUGAUUCGCCGCGUUUCGAAAAUUCUUCGAUAGCUUAGUGCGUAGAAGCGAAGCAAGGAUAAAUGUUUCGACAAGGUUGUGGUUAAUGUGAUAGAACACAAACACGGGUAAAUACUUCCUUCUGUGGGACGUCAGUGCGCCUAAUACACUAAUGGUGAUAUUGUUGUUUUCCUUGUCGUUGUUCAAUUCAAUGAUGACGACCUUCCGACGACGCUGCCGGUCGUGGAGUCGUCGCCGUGGUUUACUGUUCCUCUUGGUCGUAGUGCUAGGGAUGUUCGUGGCGGCGAGAAUAUUGGCUUCCAGUAGAAUGGCCGAAGAGGAACUCGCCCCAUGCGCUGUGCCAGCCGAGCAAAGAAAAAAGUUAUUCCCUUUGUUAUCGUCUGUGUCGAGUCUCCUGACCCGCUUGUCCAUCACGCAUUUCCUCUGCUUCGAAUCCCUCUGGGGAGCCGUGCAGGAGUCAGGGCCCCUACCCUGGGAUGCCAAUGCGCACCUGUGCGCCCUCAACGAGAAGGUAUCCAAGCACAACGAAGCCGAGUUGCUACGCGCCUUCCGACGCCGAGGCCUCACGCUGGAAUACAGCUCGGCGGAAGGCCAGUACACCAUCAAGAACGCCACGGAGGUGAGCGACAAGUGGGUUCCGCCGACGGUUCGAGUCGUGCUGUUCGAAGAAGACGAUCGCGUCCAUAUGCUGCGGCGCGUCGGCUGGCGGAGGCGCGUGCUGCCCCCGGACUGCGACGCCCACCCCGUCCUCCAGUGCUUCCCGCCCAAGCUGGCACUCGACCCGCUUCCCUCAAGGCCGUUCGGGCCACUCUCGCUUCCGGCACCUCGGGAGGACAUCGAUCUCCUCAAGUUCCAUUAUCCGGAGACGUGGUGGCGGCCGCUACAGCCCAAGUGUUAGGAACGCGUUGGGGAUGUGAUGGCGUACGAAUUAAGAUUUGUAACUUUAACGGUGACAGAGCGAGAUACUUUGCCAUUUGAAAGUCAGUAUUAAAUGCAGAUUUAUAUUUUGGAGGAAGAUAUUAGUUUCCCGUUCCACGUCCCAAAUGCUUCAAAAUAAAUGCAACAUUGCUUAUUUUAGGUACCUAUAUAUUUUCGGAGUAUAUAGAGCAGUGACAACCCGUUUUUAAGGAAUAAUUCCUAAAAUGAGAUGUAUAAUUCCAGCUUUGAUAUAGAAUGGAUAAAACUAUCGGAUACUUGGAUUGCAGUAUGCAAUGUAGACUAAAUAUUUGCUCAAAUAACAUACAAACACUAUCUGCAGUCCAGUUUGGAAAUAAUUGUAAGCAUUAUUUACCAAGAGAUCGAUGUUAGAGCAAUUGCAAGAUAUAGCAAUGAAGGUAAUGAUCCAUAUUUCAAAGAACAAUUGUAAUCCUUCCAUCCUUCCCGUCUA